AUGUCCACAAAAUCAUAUACCAGUAGAGCUGAGACUCAUGCAAGUCCGGUUGCAUCGAAACUUUUACGUUUAAUGGAUGAAAAGAAGACCAAUUUGUGUGCUUCUCUUGACGUUCGUUCGACUGAUGAGCUAUUGAAACUUGUUGAAACGUUGGGUCCAUACAUUUGCCUUUUGAAAACACACGUUGAUAUCUUGGAUGAUUUCAGUUAUGAGGGUACUGUCGUUCCAUUGAAAGCAUUGGCAGAGAAAUACAAGUUCUUGAUAUUUGAGGACAGAAAAUUCGCCGAUAUCGGUAACACAGUCAAAUUACAAUAUACAUCGGGCGUUUACCGUAUCGCAGAAUGGUCUGAUAUCACCAACGCCCACGGGGUUACUGGUGCUGGUAUUGUUGCUGGCUUGAAACAAGGUGCGCAAGAGGUCACCAAAGAACCAAGGGGAUUAUUGAUGCUUGCUGAAUUGUCUUCCAAGGGUUCUCUAGCACACGGUGAAUAUACUAAGGGUACCGUUGAUAUUGCAAAGAGUGAUAAAGAUUUCGUUAUUGGGUUCAUUGCUCAGAACGAUAUGGGAGGAAGAGAAGAAGGGUUUGAUUGGCUAAUCAUGACCCCAGGUGUAGGUUUAGACGACAAAGGCGAUGCAUUGGGUCAGCAGUACAGAACCGUCGACGAAGUUGUAAGUGGUGGAUCAGAUAUCAUCAUUGUUGGCAGAGGACUUUUCGCCAAGGGUAGAGAUCCUAAGGUUGAAGGUGAAAGAUACAGAAAUGCUGGAUGGGAAGCGUACCAAAAGAGAAUCAGCGCUCCCCAUUAA